UUCUUCCUUGUGAGUGUCUCUCAGAGUUUUGUUUACGUUUUGUCGGUUCCUUUUAACUUGUAAUAAAUAAUGAGUGCUGAAAGUAAAUCGCACUCAUUAUUCAUUACAAGAUUGAGAUUAAGCUUUUUUCACAUUUUAUGCAAGAAACAACAGGGGUUUGCUUUAAAAUUUUAAGUCGACCCCACAAGCCCACUACUAUUUUCACUAUUUUCAGUAAUCUCAGUAAUCUCAGUAAUUUUACUUGUAUACAAAAUAUAAAUACAAAUAAAAUAAUUUUCAUUUAAAAGGAGGAAAAAGAAGAAAUAAAAUAAUUUAAAAAUUACCAUCAACUUUAUGUAGAAAUAUACUUGUUUUAAUAAUGUAAAUAAAGUAAUAUUUCCGAAAUUUCAAUUAAAUGUAAAUAAAAAAUGAAAGAAGAAAAAGAAAAAAAUGUUGAUCCUGAAGGACACAGAUAUGGAAAUUUUCUAAAUUAUUACAAUUUUCAUUCUGCUGAAGAACGAAUUCAACAACUUCCUUUAAAUAUUUGGAAUUCUUCGGAUGAAGUAGAUUAUAAAUUUAGUGCUCUGGAUAUUGGUUGUAAUAGUGGAAAUUUAUCAUGUUUGCUGUAUAAUUUCCUCCAAGACAAUGUAUCACCUAAGGAUAAAUGUAAAAUUUCACUUUUGGGAAUUGAUCUUGAUUCAAAAUUAAUUGAUAAAGCUCAAUUACAAUGUCCCACGUCUAGUGUAAUCAAAUUUGAGUGUCUGGACUUUUUAUCUCAAGACAGAGAACAGUUGAUAUCGGACCAUUUGAAAAGUAUAAAUAAAUCUAAAUUUAAUGUGGCUUUUUGCUUUUCAAUUACAAUGUGGAUUCAUCUUAAUCAUGGUGAUGAGGGUCUAAUAAAAUUUUUAAAAACAGUUUGUGAAAUUUCUGAUAUGAUUGUGAUUGAGCCUCAACAAUGGAAGAGUUAUAGAAAUGCUUCAAGACGAUUGCGUAAGGCAAAUGUUGAUGAUUUUUUACUGUUAAAUAAACUAAAAUUAAAAGGCGAUAUGUACAUGCACAUUGCAAAGAUUUUAAAAAAUGAAUGUAAUUUUUCAAAUGUAACAAUAACGAAUGAAAAUAAUUGGCAAAGGAGAUUAUUGAUUUAUAAAAGAAAAAGUUGACAUUAAUAUUAUUGUUCUCAUGCCACAAAAGAUGUUGAUUUUUUUAAUAAUUCAAAAACUAGAUUUUUGCGAGGAUUAAAUAAUUAUCUAAAAAAAUUUUUGAUAAAAUAUAGCGAUAAAAUUAGAUUAGUUUUGUAAUUUAGAUUUAACUUAGUCGU